AAUUGAAACUUACUUAGAAAAGAGCACUUUCACUAUGGUGAUAAAGGAUAAAAGUAGUGCCAUAAAAUAUCUGUUAAUCGAUAAGCUUGGAGUAUCCGGUGGUUGUGUUUUUAUUUUUAUGUUUUUUGUACUUUUUUUAUUACCACAACAUUUUAAGCAAUCUGAUGUUUUGGACUUAAAUAACUUUCGUCGUAUUCGAUUUGAUAGAGAUGCAGAACUUGCACGUAGAAGAAAUCCUAAUUGUUCUUAUUAUGACUGUUUUAAUGUGUAUAAAUGCGGAAAUCACCAGAAUAAAGUCACAAUUUAUGUGUAUCCACUCACGGAGUUUUCCGAAGAGAAAUCAAAGACAUGGAUCUCCAGAGAAUUCUAUAAGAUACUCAAAACACUCAUUAAUAGUCCUUAUUAUACGGCAAAUCCCAAUGAGGCUUGCAUAUUUGUUCCCAGUAUCGAUAUGCUUAAUCAGAAUCUAAUUGACAAGAAUCUUGUUAGUAAAGCUCUUGCAUCCCUUCGAUAUUGGGAAAAUGGAGAAAAUCAUAUUCUCUUUAAUAUGUUGCCCGGUGAGAAUCCAGAUUAUCAUACAGUAACUGAUGUGAAUACAGCGAAUGCACUUAUAGCAGGCGCUGGGUUUGAUUCACAAACAUAUCGAUAUGGAUUCGAUUUUUCGAUACCAUUUUACAGCCCUAUGUUGGCUGAUUACGUUAAGAUUACCAAAGAUGGUGAUGAUAAAGAAUAUUUUCUCAUCGCUCCACAACUCAACAUGUACGACAAUCAUCGAAGGAUGAUGCAGGAAAUCGUUCUCGAAGAUUCUAAUAAUAAUAUUUUACUGCUUCAAAAAUGUACACUAGAGAUACUUGAGGAUAAAGUUUCUUCUUCACCAGAACUUAUGAAACAUGAUAUUCGAUGCACAUUUCCAGGAAACAGUCCUAUUGAGUAUCCCGAAAUAUUGGAGCGGGGAACAUUUUGUUUAAUCAUAAGAGGUGUUCGAUUAGCACAACCAACGCUUCUUGAAGCAAUGGCAACAAAUUGUAUCCCCGUAGUUGUAGCCGAUAAUAUUGUUCUGCCAUUUCAAGAGAUUGUUGAUUGGACAUUAGCUGCUGUGAAGAUACGAGAAGCUGAUCUUCAUUCAAUUAAAUCCGUUUUAAAUAGAAUUUCUAACGAGAGAAUUAAAGAAAUGCAACAACAAGUGAGAUUUUUAUACGAUAGAUAUUUUAAAGACAUCGAAACAAUUACUUUAACAAUGCUCGAUGAGCUUAACGAUCGUGUAUUUCCACAUCUCGCUCUGCCAUAUAAUGCUUGGAAUCUUCCAAGUAUGCCAAAUUCGGCUCAAAAUCCGCUGUUCCUUCCAGUGAUGGGAUCAAAAAGUCAAGGAUUUACUGCUAUCAUUCUAACAUAUGAUAGAGUUGAUAGUUUAUUUACACUAAUGCAAAAGCUUUCGCUUGUUCCAUCGUUGCAAAAGAUUCUCGUCAUUUGGAAUAAUCAGAAAAAGCAACCACCAAACACUUCAAGCUUUCCAAAAUUAACAAAGCCAUACAAAGUCAUUCAAACAAAAUCCAAUAAACUUUCGAAUCGUUUCUAUCCAUAUCCAGAGAUUGAAACAGAAGCUGUUCUAACGAUCGAUGAUGAUAUCACGAUGUUAACACCAGAUGAACUUGAUUUUGGCUUUGAAGUGUGGCGAGAAUUUCCUGAUCGAAUUGUUGGAUUUCCAAGUCGAACUCAUGUGUUUGAAAAUAAUGAAUGGAAAUAUGAAUCUGAAUGGACAAAUGAAAUCUCAAUGGUUCUCACUGGAGCAGCAUUUCAUCAUAAAUAUUGGAAUUACGCUUACACAACGUCGAUGCCAGGCAACAUAAAAGACUAUGUCGAUGAACAUAUGAACUGUGAAGACAUUGCAAUGAAUUUUCUUGUAUCAAAUCGAACGAAUAAGCCGCCCAUUAAAGUAACACCACGUAAAAAAUUCAAAUGUCAUUCCAGGCAAUGUACAAAUGCUGAAAUGUUAUCAGCUGAUACCAAUCAUAUGCUGGAAAGAUCGGAAUGCAUCAAUUUGUUUUCGAGAAUCUAUGGAACGAUGCCACUUAAGAGUGUUGAAUAUCGAGCUGAUCCAGUUCUCUAUCGUGAUCCGUUCCCUGAGAAAUUGAAGAGAUUUAAUGAUGUAGGCAGCUUAUAAAAAGUCAUACUUACGAGAAAGAUAUCUACAAAUAAAUAAAUUAAUUAAGGUUCAUUGAUCUAUAAGUGUCAUUAAAAUAAAAAAAAUUAGAAUAAUUUA